AUGGAAAGAGCUGAUAAUUACUCGGUAAACUCGUACAUUUUAUACGACACAUACUGGUGGUUGGCACCCAAAUAUUUCAAGGAACUCUCAUCCAGACCAAAAUAUCUUGUUGCUGUUGAGUCAGGGAUCAUGUUACUAAUCACCACGAUCGCAUUUGGAGGAAACUUUCUCGUGUGUCUAAUUAUGACUCGGAAUCCCACCCUGCGCACCGCCACAAAUCUAUUGAUUCUUACGCUAGCAGCAGCAGAUAUGCUAACAGCUUGCCUUCCGCUCACAGUAGCAACCAUUGUCCUUUUCAAAGGAAAAUGGAUCGUAGAGGUAAACCCAGUAGAUGUUAAAAACUUUCCUUGUCAGGUUCAAGGGAUCAUUGCUCCCGCCUUGACAGGAUUUUCAUUACACAUAAUGGCUUUAACUGCGGUCAAUCGUUUUAUCUGUGUCGCUCAUCAAGACCUGUAUGGCAAAAUUUCAAGUUUAACCGAACAGCGACUAAGAUAA